CUUUAUUCGUAAAAUUUAUUCGAUUCUCUCAAUUCAAUUACUUCUUACAUGCUUUACUGGAGCCGAGACCAUAUCGCCUUUCUUAUCUGACAGGUUUUAUUUGAUUUAUCUACUUGGGUCUUGCCGGUAUGAGUUCUAUGUGCUUAUUACUCUCUCCCUAGUUGUUUAUUACGAUGUUAACACGGUCCUGCAGGCCCUCUUUAUUACAAUGGCGGUUACAAUUGGUUUGACAGUGUAUGCUAUGCAGACCAAACGCGACUUUUCUCCUUGGGCUUCAUGUCUAGGUUGUUGCCUAAUGGCCCUUCUUGUUGGAGGCAUUUCUAAUGUCUUUUUUGGAUCGCCAACAAUCCACUUGGCAAUCUCUAUUUUUGGAUCAAUUCUAUUUUCUUUCUUUCUGAUCUAUGAUACUCAAAUAAUAAUGCAACAUUAUUCCCCAGAGGAAUAUAUUGUUGCUGCAAUUACUUUGUAUCUGGAUAUCCUCAAUCUCUUUCUCUAUAUUUUGCGUAUUCUUCAGUCAACUGCUAGUGAAUAG